AUUAGUUGUCUGCGACUACUCCUUCGAGGGUUAGGCAAAAUGAGCCGCGGUGAGAAGAAAGAGUUAAAACCUUCAAGCCAUUCAGAGAAAAAGAAGCAAAGACCCUCAGAGGAAUUUUCCAUCUUAGUUGAUGACCAAUCGAACUACUCUACUCUUAAAGGCUGGGAUAUCCAGGUUCUGGACAGUCACCCACAGGACCUCGAUAAAUUUCAUGUACCAAAGCCACCCAAGGGCCACCAGAAACCAGUGCUCAUGGCUUGUCGGGAUAAGAUUCAUCCAGUGAAUCUUGACCCUGACUCCCAGCCUCCGGGCUACUCAGGACCAGAAGGGCUACAGUUAGAUUACCAAGGAAUGAUUCUUCCACACAGCAUCCUGGGUAGUUUAGAGGAUUUCAGAAGUUAUCUGGAGGCCAAAGGGGAGACAGAGUUGUUGAAGAGAAUACCAAAGUCCCAGAGAGAUCCCCCAACCAAAGGCCUGGGGAGGCAUCACUCUGAGGCUAUGGAGAGUAGGCGUGGGAUCUCUUCAGGCCACAGAAACAUCCAGAGUAAUGCCCUGCAGCAUUGGCAUACACAUAUGAGGCAGCGCAGACGGCAACAGGACUUCCUAUCUGAUUCGCUCGACAGGCCGGUCAAGAAUUUACUGAUGAACCAAGCUCACCAUUUCAGAGAAACUCAGGAGCAGAGGGAAUUUCUAAACCAAGUCAUGCCACUUAUCCACUCUGGAUAUGGUUAUCGUGUGGGCAGUGAGUUUUGGAGCCUCCCCCAGCGUUAUGGAGAUGAAAUGAGUGGCAUCACAGCCACUCUGACUCAGACAGAGCAGGGCAGACGGGAACCUGUCACACAUGUAGGACAACCGAUCAGCAUAUGCCAGGAAUCAGGAAUCAUUUGUCCUGAGACUCUGCGUCCAGCCUCUCGGACAGGGAGCCAGAGUGCCCACCUACAGCACCAGUGCCAGGAGCUUGGGGAGGUUCUACGGGACAUGGACAUCACAAAGCCGGACAUCAACGGACUAGAGGUGAUAGGCUCUGGCAAGCGUAACACUUUUGUCACGAUGUGUCGUAGCCCCUUACUGGAGAAGGAAGAAGAGGAGGAGGAGCACAAGGAGGAGAAGAAGGAGAAGCUUGAUCCACUGGCACAGUAUGAUGAUGCUCGGUCAGAUGCUCUGCUCAUUCCUGCCUUGAGGUUCUCUGGUCAGCUUGCUAGCUGGACUGGAAACUCUGCCACUAACCAGGGAGAAGUAGGAAUCAGUGCCACAAUCAUGUUUGAGGCCCUGACUGGAGAAAGAGCCUCUUCCCACCUGGAGCUGCACAAUGAGGGCAGCACAGCUAUCUUCUACAGCUGGCAGCAGCUUCCCAUGCCACACAGCUUUCCUAACCUGCAAUCACAAACAAAGAACCCGCACUUCUACUUCAAUUCCUCCUCUGGUGUGAUCCUACCAGGUGCAACCCAGCAGGUGGAGUUUAUAUUUAAGUCAGAGAAACCAGGCAUCAAAACUGAACGAUGGCAGCUCAACACCCACCCUGUGCUGCUGCAAGGAGCCUCCAUGCAGGUUGUGUUGAGGGGGGUGGCUCUGUACCAGGACAAAACCAAAGACCAGAGGCUUUUCAUAGAGACGAAGCUGGAAAAGAUAGUGAUAGUAAAAAUGUGUCGGUCAAUUGUGUAUGAGGCACUGCAUGGGGUCCACACCCCAGAGAGACCCAGCUCUCCCGCAGAGCUCUACAUCACUGAAGAGCAAAAGUUUCUAAACAAAAACCCCAAGUUGCAGUACCUUGAUCAGCCAGUGGAGGACCUAAAGAGACUGUGGCAGGAAGUGAGCCCUGGGCGCACCUGGGACCUCUCUGUUGAUACUCUCCGACAGGUUGUGCUGUCUCUGCCUGAGGAAGAGUCAGCUCAGGACACCAUCAGCAAAGAGAGGGGUCUGGCCCAGCUCAACUCUCUAUUUCUGCAGCUGUCUGAACCUUCUGAACUGAAACUCCGCCAUCUAACAGCAGCAGUUAUAGGACAGCAGCUGUGGAAGAAACUUCUGGACAGGAUGGUUGGUGAGGCCAUGUGGCUCAGAAACCUCCUGGGCCUCCCAGAGAAAGAAACAUGGAUUAAUAAAAAGGACGAAUCCCUCAGCUCUGACGCUGUUUUGGCUGAUAAUAAAUCCAAAGAUGAGAAGAGUGAGAAAAAGAGAGGAACAGCUGCUAAAGAGGAGAGGAGUGGGGCCAGAUUCAUACUUAAAGAUGACAACAAACAAGAGUCCAAGUCACCAACAACUGAAAAAUCAGUAGAGGAGAGCAAAAAGAAGGGGAAAAGAAGAGAGGAAGUGGGGAACCACACAAAGGGAAAGAAGGGGAAGGAGUCUGCCUCGCUGACUGAUACCAGUCCAGAGAGCAUCAAUCAGCAAACUCCUGACGACCAAAAUGUAAAGCUGGAGGUGAUGGACAUUUACACAAGGCUCCUGCACAAAAAGGUUUAUGCUCUGAUGGAAGACCUGGUGGACACCCUGUGUGACCUGAUGGAUGAGGGAGAUCUGGCAGACACACACACAUAUUAACAUGACAAAAACAGGAGCCCUACUGAAUAUAAUAAAACUUGCCACAUAGGAUUCCUGAAUCUCUGUUUUUA